CCCCUCCCUCUCUGCUCGCCUCAGGCCUAGGCUGGGUGGGGGGCCUGGCAAGGAAAUGGGCGCGGGGCAAGGGCGGCCCCAGCUGAGCUAGCCCUGGGGAGCCUCUCGCUCUGCCUCCCCCUCUAGGCUGGGAGAGGCCUUCUGGGGGAGGCUGCAAGGGGGAGGCAUUGGGCAGCAGCUUUUUAAACUCUUCCCACCACCCCUAAUUCUCAGCCCCAAAAGGGUGUCUGGUGGGCCCAGCAAGAUAUGGGUCCAACAGCGCCUUAAAGAUGAGGUAGAAACCCUGGGAAUGUGGUUGCCCCCCCCAGGGGUCCUAUCUGAACGGGAGGGGCUGCGGGCGUGUGUUGGGGGAGGGGACGCUGGAGAAACCGAAAGGGGAAAUCCAGGAAGGGCGUGUGAUGAGGAGGGGGCUGAUGGGAGUUUGGAGCAGUUGGAAAACGAAAGGAGGGAGGCGAUGGAGCGGUAAAGAAGAAUAACACGCGUGAGAGUUUUAGAUGUAAAUCCAAAUGGAGCAUUUGGAAAACAGAGGCCAAAUAGAGCUGCUGAGACAGCGACAGCCCUGGGGGAAGCUGAUCCGGUUAGGGGCUGGAGAAGCUGAGCCUCACGUCUUGCUGCUGAAGAAAGAGUGGACGAUUGGAAGGAAAAAAGGUUGUGACUUGUCCUUUCCUGGCAACAAACUGGUGUCUGGAGAUCACUGCAAAAUAACAGUGGAUGAAGCAUCUGGUCAGGUGUCACUGGAGGAUACCAGCACAAAUGGAACAGUUAUUAAUAAACAGAAGGUGGUGAAGAAGCAGAGCUGCCCUUUGCAGACUGGAGAUGUGAUCUACGUUGUUUACAGGAAAAACGAGCCAGAAAACAACGUUGCUUAUAUCUAUGAAUCCUUAAGCCCAAAACUGGACCCAGCUAAUGAGCCAGUAGAAGCCAACAUUAAAAGCACAUGCCAUGUGACCAAAGAUACCUCAGAUACCGGAAAAAGCAAUGAUGGAACCUCAAUGGCAUCACUACCAUCUGCUACUCAGCCUCGCGAUGAUGAACCACAGCCAUCCACUUCGACAUCCAACCUCUUUAAUGCUGCUUCUACCUCUCUCUCCGAGUCUGUGCCCACCGGGCAGGAUAAUCCUUCGACAUUCGGGCCGCAGUCUUCCGGUUUUGCUCCUGUGCCUGCUUUGCCCGUCCAAGAAGUGUGUCGUCCAAAAGAAUCACUUGAGCAUAAGCAGCCAAAUGUAAACGCCGAACCCUCUGACAUUUCUUCAGGGGUCAAAGAGAAAGUGGCAUCGCCGAUGCUUGAGCUUAAAUGCCGGGGUGAAGAGGAAGUCGUGGAGCCUGCUAGGAAGAAAGUAAAAAGAGAGGGCAUUGCCACCUCGUAUCUUCAGGUGACCAUCCUCAAUCAAUGUGCAAUUAAAACGGGCUCCGAGGACCCAAAGUCAGCCAACGUGAAGCCGGACAAGAUGGAAGAAACGCUCACCUGCAUUAUCUGCCAGGAACUGCUGCACGACUGUGUCAGUUUGCAACCCUGUAUGCACACGUUCUGCGCUGCUUGCUACUCAGGGUGGAUGGAGCGUUCGUCUCUCUGUCCGACGUGCCGCUGUCCGGUGGAGCGCAUUUGUAAAAACCAUAUUCUGAACAACUUGGUGGAAGCUUAUCUCAUUCAGCAUCCAGACAAGUGCCGCAAUGAAGAGGAUGUGCGAAGCAUGGAUGCCCGGAACAAAAUCACUCAAGACAUGCUUCAGCCAAAGGUGCGGAGGUCCUUUUCGGAUGAAGAAGGAAGUUCUGAAGAUCUCCUGGAGCUCUCGGAUGUUGAUAGCGAAUCCUCGGAUAUUAGCCAGCCCUAUAUCAUGUGUAGACAGUGUCCAGGAUCUCGUCAGCCGCCGACUCAGCCCCUUCUCCCUGCAGGCCAGGAGGGAGAAACGGAAGCCAUACGGGCAUUGGGGGAUGCACCAGAUGCACCGUCUACCUCUGCGAGCUUUCCAACAGCUGUCCAGGAGUACGUGUGUCCUGCUCAAGGAAGCCAUGUAAUCUGCACAUGCUGUUUCCAGUCAAUGCCGGACCGCAGAGCGGAGCGCGAGCAGAAUCCACAUAUCGCCCCCCAGCAAUGUACCAUCUGUCUACAACCCUUUUGUCAUUUGUAUUGGGGCUGCACUCGGGUGGCGUGUUUCGGCUGCUUGGCACCAUUCUGUGAAAUAAAUCUUGGUGACAAGUGUCUAGAUGGUGUCCUUAACAACAAUCACUAUGAAUCAGAUAUUUUAAAGGAUUACCUGGCAUCCAGGAAUUUGACAUGGAAAAACAUAUUGAAUGAAAGUCUCCUAGCUCUUCAAAGAGGAGUUUUUGUAUUGUCAGAUUACCGAAUUACUGGAGAAACGGUGCUCUGUUACUGUUGUGGCCUCCGCAGCUUCCGAGAGCUGGCUUAUCAGUACAGGCAGAAUAUUCCUGUUUCUGAAUUGCCAGUGGCUGUGACGUCCCGUCCUGAUUGCUAUUGGGGACGCAACUGCCGGACUCAGGUCAAAGCACACCAUGCCAUGAAAUUCAAUCACAUUUGUGAACAGACACGAUUCAAAAACUGAAGGUGGCUGGGGGGGGCACUGAAAUGAACCGAGUUCUUGUGGCCUGUUAAAAGGGAAGGGAGCGGAAAGGGAAGGAGAAAUUAAACUUGAAAUGCUGACUCUACAGUCAUUCUUCCAUUGUUCCCUCAUGGCAGGGGAGUCAGUAACUCUCUUCCUCUGGUGCGAUCUCCUCCAUUUGUAAUGUUUUGCAGGGUGUACUUUUCUCCCCUUUUGAAAGAGCAGUGAAAAAAACAUUCAUGAUGCCUCCCCAACCUGUUUCCUCACAUUUCUAUCACACGAGAGCAUCUCUGAAUCAAAUGAUGCUCCCAGCAUCGAGUAAUGAAGGGGCUUGGGUAGGCACUGAGCAGUUCUGUACGUUAAUACCAAUUGAGAGCUAUUGUUGCACAGCGUAACAUCUGGAACGAGCUUCAGAGCGAUGGGACGCAUGGAAUUGCAAUCCCGUGUGGCAGGACCUUGCCCUGCCCAUUAAACAUUCAUCCAUUCCAACUUCACAGGUGUCAUGCAGAACUCCUUUGGCUGUGUCUGUAUAGGGGUUGGUUGCACAGCAGUGAUCUCCCGCUGAUCAGCGUGGCCCAGAAGGGCCACUGGUGGGUUAUGCCAUUACCCACCUAAAACUGUCCAUGACAGAAAAUGUCCUGCCAUUUCUAGGAUAUGCCCACUUAAGUGUGACAGUGCCCAAUAAGUGCAGUCAGGAUGUACUCCUUUCUUUGCCAGGUAAUUAUAUAAAUUUGGACCUUAAA